CACCGAAUAAAUCCAGUCCAGAGUACGGCGACUCACUGGCUUCAUGGGGUCGCAGCCGCCGUCGCGGUCUCCGCUGUCUCGCGAGGAGGGCGAAGCGCCCCCGCCUGCUCCCGCUCCUGAAGGCCGGCGGCGAAGUCGCCGGGUACGCCUUCGUGGAUCCUGUCGUCACCGACCUAGCCUGCUGGGUCGCCGGGAGGUUGCCACGAGCGCCUCAACCGGGCCUGCGCUCGCAUCCUCCGAGAUAAUGGCAUCUGCCGCUAAGGAAUUUAAAAUGGACAACUUUUCGCCUAAAGCUGGCACUAGCAAAUUGCAACAGACAGUACCAGCUGAUGCAUCUCCUGAUUCUAAGUGUCCUAUAUGCUUGGAUAGAUUUGAUAAUGUGUCUUACUUAGAUCGCUGCUUACAUAAGUUCUGUUUUCGCUGUGUACAGGAGUGGUCCAAAAACAAAGCUGAAUGUCCAUUAUGUAAACAGCCCUUUGAUUCUAUUUUCCAUUCUGUGAGAGCAGAAGAUGACUUCAAGGAAUAUGUCUUGAGGCCUUCAUAUAAUGGUGCUUUUGCUACCCCUGAUGUUCGAAGUUUCCGCUAUCGCACAACUAUGACAAGAGAACGAAGUACUUCUUCACCUAGUAGUACCGUGAGUAGAAGAACAACAACUCCACCAGAUAGUAGAGUACUCUUUGAAGGAUUAGGUCUUUCAACAAGACCUAGAGAUGGUGAAGUUCCUCAAUUCAUGAGACGGAUUGCAAUAAGAAGGCCAACAACUGCAGAUGAAAGAUCUUUGCGGAAAAUUCAGGAACAGGAUAUUAUAAAUUUUAGACGAACUCUCUAUCGUGCUGGUGCUCGUGUUAGAAAUAUCGAAGAUGGCGGUCGCUACAGAGACAUAUCAGCUGAAUUUUUCCGUAGGAAUCCAGCUUGUCUUCAUAGAUUAGUCCCCUGGUUAAAACGAGAACUUACUGUUCUUUUUGGAGCUCGUGGGUCUUUAGUGAAUGUUGUUCAGCAUAUCAUCAUGAGUAAUGUUACUCGCUAUGACUUGGAGAGCCAGGCAUUUGUGUCUGAUUUAAGACCAUUUUUACUUAAUCGAACAGAACAUUUUAUACAUGAAUUUAUCAGUUUUGCUCGAUCUCCUUUUAACAUGGCAGCCUUUGACCAACAUGCUAAUUAUGAUUGCCCUGCUCCUUCAUACGAAGAAGGUAGUCAUUCUGAUUCUUCAGUCAUAACAAUAUCUCCUGAUGAAGCGGAGACCCAAGAACUGGAUAUUAAUAUAGCUACUGUUGGUCAGGCACCAUGGGAUGAUGAAACACCAGGACCAUCUUAUUCAAGCUCAGAGCAGGUACAUGCUGCUAUGUCUUCCCUUUUAAAUACUUCAGACAGUUCUGAUGAGGAACUUAUAGCUGGAAGAUCCACAUCUCAGAUACAAGGAGUGCAAACAAAUGAGGACCUAAAUAAUGAUAGUGAUUCUUCCUCAGAUAAUUGUGUAAUUGUUGGGUUUGUUAAACCACUAGCUGAGCGGACCCCAGAACUUGUUGAACUUUCCUCUGAUUCUGAGGAUUUAGGUUCUUAUGAGAAAAUGGAGUCAAUAAAGACACAAGAACAAGAGCAGUCUUACAGUUCUGGUGAUAGUGAUGUCAGUAGAUGUUCAUCUCCACGUUCUGUCCUUGGUAAGGAUGAGCAAGUAAAAAUUCAUUGUGAUUCUGGUGCAAGAAUCAAAUCAAAGAAGGAAGAGAAACGAUCUACAUCAUUGUCCUCUCCCAGAGACUUGAGCACGUCUGUCAGAGGAGACAGAGUAUACUCCCCGUAUAACCAUAGACAUAGAAAGAGAGGAAGAUCAAGAAGUUCAGAUUCACGUUCCCAGAGUAGAAGUGGGCAUGAUCAGAAGAAUCGUAGAAAGCAUCACGGAAAGAAAAGGAUGAAAAGCAGACGAUCCAGAAGCAGAGAGAGUAGCAGACCUAGAGGUAGAAGAGACAAAAAGAGAUCGAGAACUAGAGAUAGCAGUUGGUCAAGAAGAAGCCAAACUCUGUCUUUAAGUAGUGAAAGCACAAGCAGAUCAAGGUCUCGUAGCAGUGAUCAUGGUAAAAGAAGAUCACGAAGCAGAAAUAGAGAUCGUUAUUACUUAAGAAAUAAUUAUGGAAGUAGAUAUAAGUGGGAGUAUACUUACUAUAGUAGAAACAAGGACAGGGAUGGCUACGAAUCAUCAUAUAGGAGAAGGACUCUAUCCAGAGCUCACUAUUCCAGACAAUCUUCAAGUCCAGAAUUCAGAAUUCAGUCCUUUUCUGAAAGAACAAAUGCUCGGAAAAAAAAUAAUCACAGUGAAAGGAAAUAUUACUACUAUGAAAGGCACAGAUCAAGGAGCCUGUCUAGUAAUAGAUCAAAGACUGCAUCUACCGGAGCUGACCGAGGAAGAAAUGAAAAGCCUGGAGGGAAACGAAAAUAUAAAACACGACAUUUGGAGGGUACUAAUGAGGUAGCCCAACCAUCUCGUGAAUUUCCAUCUAAAGUAAAGGAGAAUCAUUACCAAAAAUCUUCAUCGAAAUUGGAUGGAAAUUACAAAAAUGAAAGUGACAGUUUUUCAGACAGAUCAUCGGACAGAGAGACAAAACACAAGAGGAGGAAGAGGAGGACCCGGAGCCUAAGUGUUGAGAUAGUUUAUGAAGGAAAAGCUACCGAUACAACUAGACAUCAUAAAAAGAAAAAGAAGAAACACAAGAAGAAGCACAAGAAACACCAUGGGGAUAAUGCUUCACGUUCUCCAGUUGUCAUUACCAUUGACAGCGAUAGUGAUAAGGAUUCUGAUGUAAAGGAGGAUAUAGAAUGUGACAACAGUCAUCCUCAGGAUCCUCUACAAAAUGAGUUUUUGUCUCCAUCCUUGGAACCAUUUGAAACUAAAGAUAUAGUUACAAUAGAAGACGAAUUUGGUGUCAUGGACAAGGACUGUGAUAUUACUACAUUUAAUAACAAUUUGAAUAAUACCAACAAAACUGUAGAUAAUAUUCCACCCCAGGUAGCUUCAGUUGAACAAACUCUUGAUGUUAGAGAAGAGUGCACUUUUGCCUCUAACUUGGAGAACCAGCCCAGUAAUGUGUCUGAUCAGACUGAGCCAUCAAGGCAAUCGCCAUCUCCACGGACAUCAUUAAUGUCAGUAUCUCUUGAUAGAGAUUGUGAAAUUUCUUGAAGCUGCCAAAGCCUUUCAUUGAAAAUUCUGAUGGUAAAAAGGAACAGUGUCAUCUACUGCAGUCUAUUUAAAGAUGACUUUUAGUGAAAACUCUUUUCCCCCUUAAAAUAUUUUAAGUGAUUUUUUCUUUGUGUUAAAUUUUUGUAAAACUCAUUAUUUGUUCAAAAAGUAUGUAUGUUCCACCUUCAGAGAUAAGCACUUUUAAGUGAAGAAAAUGAUAUUGCUAGCAGUUUAUUUAAAACUUGGGAUCCUUUUUAAAUAAAAAAUAUAUGUAAAUUUUAGAAGUUAUUUCAUAAAGCCAUAUGGUAUUGACAUAUUUUUAAAGUAGUCAAUAAGUAUUUUUGAAUUUUUGUUUUGGGAGUUAUUCUGGAAAUGUGCUAUAAGCUAGGAGAAUUCCUUUGAGCAGUCUUUAUUUUUCUCCUUAAAAAUUUGUAUUCAAAGUCAUUUCAGGUUAAAGUGAGGCAUUUAAGUCUGCACAAUUUAUCUUGACAUCUGCCAAAAGAAGAAUUUAAAUACUUCCUUUAUAUACUUGUUUCUGGACUGCCAGUAAAGCAAAUGUGUAUUCAAUAAAGGAAAAAAUAAAACAAUAAUACUUUAAAACAGAAUCUAGAAAAUUUCCUAUGCAGUAUUGCUUUUUUAGGUAAAGUUAUUAAUGGAGCUAAAAUCUUGAAAAUAAUACAGUCAAAUCAUAAAUAACACUUUUCAAGUGAUCUGCGUUUUAAUUUCAGUUUUUAUGAUCUUUAGUUCUUUGUGAGAAAUACGUUAUGUCUUCAGUAAAAUGCAGUUAUACAGCAUUUA